GUGUGUGUGUGUGUGUGUAGAUGCUGCGGGAGGUUUUCUCAGAGGGGCUUGCGUUGCAAAAGGCCAGUUUGAAGGAGGAGAGAUCCUACGCCAGAGAACAUAGACUGGAGCAGAGCAGACGCCACCUGGAACACAUCUCCUCCAUGGAGAACUACUACAGAGACCAGUUUUCUUUGCUGGCUGAGACGCUUUCCGAAGAGAGCCAGGAGAUCCAAGUUCGCAAGAAAGCCCAGGAGAAGGCCUUGAUGAAGAUGAAGAGAAAGCUGCGCUCCCGAAUGGAGUGGGAGGUGGGGGAGCUGCAGAGCGUCAUCGUCCAUAACGACCAGGACCACUUCUUCCAGGACCUGGAGGUCCAGAGGCUGCGGAGGCGGGUUCAGACAGCCUCUUUCCAGUACGAGCGCAGCGGCCUGCGAUAGGAACCUGGACGGCCACACACUCAAUAUCUAUCUUUCAAAACUUUUUACUGGAUCGACUGUUUUGUUGCCGAGAUAUUUUUAGAGAACCUUUUUCACCUCUGCUUCUAACAGGAAGUAGAGGACAAGUAAUAAUGAUUACCACUCUAGAAAUGUUAUUGACUCACUGUGAGUUACUGUUCACUGUCACACAUCAAUCACCUGUGAGGUGAUUGAUGUGUGACAGCGGUCUUUUCUUUGACUCCCUGGUUUCUCCGACCCCCGGAGGCCGCUGACAUCCCCUUGUAACUUUCGGUGGAUGAGGGACCAAUUCUAUAAUCCUAACGUUAUUUCUAGAAAAUGUCUGUGAUCAACACAUAAAUAAUAUUCUGAUUUUAAGUGUGGAUUCUCUGUCUCCAGUAUUCCUUUUAGAAAGAGGUUGAUUUUAUCUGUCAACAUCUUUAGCAGCCUUUGUGAUUUGUGGUUUAUGGCGUUGCCAUGGGAACACAGAUGUCCCUCAUAACACGAAUGAGGCUCAUGUACCAGGGCACAGGAACUAGGGGAAAGCAGAGAAGGUAUAACACCUUGACCACCGACUCUUUCACAGAUCAACAACAUGGCCAUUGGUGUUUUAUUUUAUCUACCCGUGGUUCAUGGGAGGAGCAAAGUGUCCUGAGCCUCGGAAAGGAAGCCUGACAGAAUGAGUCCUAGAACUGAUUAUCAGCUGGGCUCCUCCCCUAAUGGCUGGGUCGAGAUAUGCCACGUUUCCACCGAGCGAUGCGGUUAGGUGUGGUAAGUUACAGCUCACAUUUCCACCGCUGACAGUACCCUUAGGGUAGGGCGGGUUUAAGCCGGAUGGCGAUUGCCGCGGCAGCUACGUAAGCGCAUCAUUAAACAAAUUAAACAACCCAUUAAACAAAGAGCAAUCAUGGUGGACGUCCAAGAAGGACAGCGAAUUUUUGCGCGACAUUUCUUCAUUUAACGAAGCUUUCGCCGUUGUCCUGAAAUACCUUGCGGGUAAUAUGUAAUAUGUUUUGUUGUUAUCCGCCUGUCGCACGGAAGUGAGUAUUCUGUCGACCAAUCAACGGACGGUGUAUGUAUCUCCUUCUUGUUGGCACCCUUUCAGACCACUUGGUACCCCAACGGAGGAGCAUUGAGCGAUAGAUACAGUUAAUCAUCGCUAGCACCGACCCCGGCCAAUUUUGGUGUUGGAAACGCGAACCGUACCGCACCUAAUCAUACCUAAUCGCACCUAACCGUACAGCACCGCACCACUUGCUGGAAAGGUGUCACUAGUGGCCUUCUAAUCGUGUGUUUCCACCGGCGGGUGCGGUUCCAACGGCAAAAGUGGGCGGGGUCCAGACUUAGACUUGAUUAGCCGUACUUAUCUCUCAGUACAGAAAACCCUGACCCUUAGAAAAUAGAUUUAUUUUCUUUGUAUUUGUACCACGUUGGUCAGUUUAAUGUCGAUUGUUACAUUGCAACUUUAUUACGGUCACCAAUUUAUGCAUUGCACGGUCUUGCAGUUAGGCUAAUGUAGCUAACAAUAAUAAUGACAUGACACAAUCACAAAGAUGAACGGGAAUGACGUCACAUGUACAACUCGUAAGGCUGGUGUACAUUCACAUUUGUCUUUAGGUCAUUGCCUACUCAUUGUUAUUGUUAGUACAGGUCCUGGGGAAGAUUUGUAUGCGCUUCAUUUAGCGGAGACUAUCUCAACUGUUAUAGACUAAUAUUACCCCACUGAACAACAUGUGGUGUGUGCCAAAAUCUCUAUCCGGGACGAAAGUCCUGAAAAUGACCACUAUAGGUGACACUAUUAUCACAAUACAGGUGAAUGGGACUUUUUUUUUUCUUUAUAGAUAUCCUCAUCAAUUUCUACCAGAUUAAUCUUCAACUUAAUAGAAAUACUUUUUGUAUUACACUUUGUCUUAAAAAAUAUUAGUACAAUAUGCAAAUGAGGCGAUCUCAUUAUAUAUGCGUACAUAAACCCCUGAAGCUAGAGAUUUUCUGAGCUGAUCACAAUGACCAUGAUUAUGAGGUCAAAGAACAGUGUAAGCAUUUUGAUUUGAUAUAAAUAAAAUGGCAAAAAAAGUUAUAGCUAUUACGUAUUACUGACAACUAGCAACAUAGGCAAGGCAAGGCAAGGCAACUUUAUUUAUAUAGCACUUUUCAUACACAAGGCAGACUCAAAGUGCUUCACAUAUAAACAUUGUCAUGCAAUAAAAUAAAAUAAUAGAUAAGUAAAAGAAUUGUGGAAUUGCCAAACAUACAGGAAUUGCCAGUUAUUAAUUAACCUAAACUUUAAAAGCUUACAUUUCCUAGCUGUUCUUAAUAUUGCUGUCAUCACGUCAUCACCUCCAACUUUUUUUUCAACAAAAGUUUAAUUGGUAGCCAUAGUAACCCGAGGUCAUAGCAGAGCACAUGGCUGUCAAGCAAGAUUACUUGUGAGAUCAAGAAAAGUAAGGAAAUCUACUCUUUUUUUUCUGUGUUGGCGUGUACACUUAUAAUGUGCCAUUAUCAUAUGAGUUGUAAUCUUGUGUGAUUAAAUAAUUAUAAUGAAUUUGUAUCAGUUUUAUAUCUAAUGUGGUGUGUAUUGUAGCUAGCUAACUACAGCUUGUUACCUAGCUAGCUGCUAGUGUUUUGUUUUGUUUUUUUGCAAAAUGGGGAAAAUGUCAUCACCAGUAAAUCAGAACUUGUGAUCAAAUAGUCUCAGACAAGUUGAUGAAGUUUCAGUGUCUUCAUAUCAUGAAGUUAUCCCUCACAAAGAACGGAUAUGUUGGUACAUACCAAUAACUCAUAUUUGAAACCUUAUUUUACAAAAUUCCAAAAGAUCUGGAGAGAGUGAGAGAACAACUCGUAUAGAUAAUAAUAAAAUUGGACUGGGCUACUGCGGGAAACAUUGUAAGAUAAGCUUUAAUUCAUUUAUUUUAUUUUGGGGGUUAUAAAAUAGAAAAGUGACAUGCCAUGCGUAAUACAACUUUUGAUUGAAGUAGGAAAUAUUUUAUGGUAGAAAAAAAAUAGUCUAGCUUUUUUGAGCAACCUAGCAGUAUAUAAUUGUUUAUUUUCAGGAUGAAGUACCUCUCACAGCUCCUCGUGCUUCACCUAAACCAAUCAAAUCAGACGAGUGCAUCCUAUGUCAGAAGAAGAAGCAAUCUGAGUACCUCUCUAGUGGUGAAAUUGGCAGGGGUGUUAUUGUUUCGCUUGCCAAACAAACUAAGAUAUGUGAUACUCGAACUGCUAGGGUUCUUCAACUGACAGGAGCAAGAGAUCAUAAAAUAACACACCAAAUCCUGCUACAGAACUUUUCAAAGGGAUAUGGCUAAGGCUGAUCACACAACCUAGCCAUUAGAACAGUCUGAGCCAUCUCAGCAGAGGCCUAUUAAUGAUCCAACUGAGCGUCGAAGCGGAAGAUUUAAGACCAGUGUAACUACAAAUGUAUGUAUCUUUUGUGGUUCAGAUUGCAAAACAGUUAAACAGAAGAAAAUACACAUUAUUCAGAAUCUGUGAAAAACCGAUGGCCCAGAAAUUACUAAACGCGGCCAUGUUGUUCAAGGACCAUGUGUACACCCAAACAGUGGUAAUGUGCGAGGUAGAUGAUGUUUUUGCGGCUGAUAUCCAAUAUCAUGACCCUUGCCGUAAAGAGUAUUUUAAUAAGUAUAAUGCCAAAAUUGAGGACAUCCUGAAAAAUCUUGAAAAGGAGGAUUCAAUAACAGCUGAGGACAACUCAUUGAAGGCUAGAUUUUUGGCUCUUGGGCUUGAUUUGAGCAAAACAUCAUACAGUCUGACUUCCAUCAGAGACAGACUCAAUGAAGGUUCAACUCAAGUAGUGUCAAACCGAGCUGCAAAGCAGCUAAUCAUUGAGCUGUAUGGAGACAAUGUCUGCUUUACAUACCCAGGUAACAAACGAGCAUCUCAGAUGGUACUUUCCACCAACAGUUCUCCAGAGGUCUUGGUAGAGUCCCUGAGAGUUUCACCUGUCAGACAGGUGGCAACUGAGCUGGCGCAGGAGUUGAAGGAAUACAGCUUUGGACUACAGAAGAGCUUCUGUGAACCACAAGACCUCCAACUGUCAAAUUACAUUUUCAUUAAGAACCGACCACAAAGAUGGCAGGAGUUUUUCUCCUAUAUGUUUAAGGGGAAAACAACUUACCACCUGAAGACUGAUGUAGUCUUUCAAAUUCUGCAUAACAUCCUUACCGAGGGCAAGGAACCAACACCUUUUCAUGUUAUGGUGGCUCAAGGAGUGCACAGUCUGACACGAUCAAAAGAGCUGGUGACUGCUCUUAACCAUCACGGAAUAUGUGUCAGUUACAACACGGUCAAGAGGAUUGAUGUUGACCUCGCUGAACGUAUCAUCACUACAGCAGGUAACAACAGAGUACCUCUCCCUGCUGUCCUAGAAGCAACAAGCCCAUUAAAUGGGGCAAUGGAUAACUUUGACCACAAUGAAAGCACCCUGGCAGGAACAGGCUCCACACAUGAUACCAUCCUUGUUAUCUUCCAAAAUGUUCCAAUCAGUGUAGAGAAACCAUCAGCGGAAAGUGAGAUCUCUGCAAGGUCCGUUGAUACUCAGAGCCGGACCACAGUAAAGCUUAGGUCUAAAGUCCUUUGCCAAAAGAUUAUCAGGAUGGGGCCAGUAAAAGAGCGCGGGGAGAUACACCUUGACUAUAAGGUAUCAGAGCCUACUCCAAACACAAAGAGCUCCACCAUUGAAGCAUUAGAAGUCUUGGAUAUGUCGAGAGACCCCUCUUCCACAACAACUGACGGCUAUGCUAAAGCAACCGAGUCCACCAAGUCAAUAAAUUCAGACUAUUUUUUGUGGAUGGCCAAUCGCUUCUCCAAAAAAGUUACACAUGUCAGUGACAGUGUCCCAGGAUUUACAGCUCUGAGAAGCGCAACUGUGAAUGCCAACUUUCAUCCUACCACCAAAAUUCUUAUCCCGCAACAACAUUUGAUGCAAUCUUCACCACAAUGAUUAACUUUCAGGAUGUGCUUAAACAGAAGGGAGAUGCCUAUGGUGGUUUGUGGGCCGACGAAGGUGUGUACCGUAUUGCCAAGGAAAUCCAACUUAUGAAACCAGGCCAGUUUAAUAAUAUAUUCCUUGGUCUAGGUGGGUUUCAUAUGGAGAAAAUUGUGUUGGCCUGUCUUGGUACAUACCUGGAACCCUCUGGAAUUUUUGAUGUUCUAGUUGAAACAGAGUGCUACGGUACUGAUGUCAUUAAGACCGUGAUCUCUGGUUCUCACUAUGCUAGGGCCCGCACUGCCCAUUCAAUGAUACACGAGGUCCUCACAUCCAUGAUCUUGGAAGCAUUCCUCUCCAAAUACCCUGACAGAAAAACAGAGAUAGAGGCACUGCAGGUCAACUGGAAGUCCCAAGAGCCUUCAAAUGAAGAACACCAAAAAGGAGCUUUCUAACAUCAUCAAUGCAGCCUUUCAAGUCUACCUUAAGGAACAGGCAUUGCAGUCCCAGUCCUUUAAUUACUGGAGCACAUAUGUUUCUGACUUGUUCCCAAUAUUGAGGGAUCUGACCAACUCUCUGCGCUCUGGAGACUGGAUUCUCUACCUCAGUGCAAUAGAGAGGGCAACUUCACUGUUCUUCUUUUUUGGGAGAACAAACUAUUGUCGAUGGACACCAUUAUUCCUGCAAGACUGCUAUCAACUGAAGGAGAAGUUCCCACUCCUCUGUGACUCAUACAUACAUGGUGGAUUUGUUGUGAACACCACCAAGAAAGGUAGUGGAGUGCCAUUUGACCAGGCACUAGAGCAGUGUUACAACCGGCCUGCCAAAGUGAGUGGAGGGAUAAUUGGGGUCACCAGGAAGAAGGAAGCAGUAGCUCUUUGGGGAAUCAUCAAGCAUAAAAAGGACCAGUAUGUUGAUCUCCUUGAGAUGAGGGAUGAUGUUGGAGGAGAACUCUCGCUUCAUCAUGACUUCAACCCGAGCACGAGGAAUAUCUCCUCAAUGUAUGCAGUCCUUUAAGAGACCAGGGCAUGCUUAAGAAUGUUCUCACUGGAGAAAUUGUGACCAAGGUAAAUGUCGACAAGUUGUUGUGCUGCAUCACAGAGGGCAGUGCUACUUGUGCUAAAUGUACCGAUGAUCGACUCAGAAAUAAGUCGAUAUCGAUUCACUCGACUAUUAGUAAAGUCAAGUUUACUUUGCCAAAGACCACCUUGAACUUGGCUUCCAAAGCAGACAUCAAAGAUGAGACAAUCAAAGCUCUCAUGUUUAU